UCGUGCUCGCGUGUCCGCGCCUUGCUGCCACACGUGAGACGUGACCAGGUCCUCUCCUCUUCUCCAUCGCUUGCUUUGCUUGACUUCCUCCACACACAAACCUAACACGCCAGCGGCCACUAACCAUGGAGAUCUCCGCCGCCACGGCCACCGCCGGCUCCUCCCGGCCGCCGUCCAAGCCGCUACUCCUCCGUCCCCUCGCUUCCUCCACGCCCGCCACCUCGUCCACCACAACCACCACCACCACCACCAUCCGCCGCCGCGUCCCCACGUCCGCUUCCGCAACCGUCCGCCGCCGCGCGCGCACCCGUCCCCCCCGCACCCGCCGCUCCAAGACCCUCUCCGACGGGGGCGGCUCUUUCUCCGGAGACGACGGAGACGGCUCCUUCGGACCCGGCAGCGGCGGGGGCAGCGGGGGUGGUGGCGGCGGCUGGAACUACGGGUUCGGCUCCGGAUCCGGACAGGACUGGGGCUCGUCGGACCCCGACGUCCCCGCGCCCAGGCGAUCGGCUGCGGAGAUGGCGCUCGGGGUGGUCUACGAACUCAUGUGCCUGAUCGCGCUCUCCAACUGCACCCAGUUCGCCGUGCGGAGGCUCGCUGGCCUGUUCGCCGCACGCGUCGCGGCGAUGCGCUUCGUCCCCACCGUCUGCUGAGGUUCCCCGCCUCUGGUCUCGUGACUUGGAUCGGUUCCUCUACCUGAAAUCUGCUCCUGUAUAUAUGUGCGUACCUGUGGAUUUAGGGGUUGGGAUCUUUGUUUCUUGGUGAUUGCUUCUGGCGAUCCGUGGAAACAACAACAAAUUCGUCGAAUUGAAAUGGAACAACAUAUGGAUAAGACCUUCUACUCUCGUUUAUUGGACUAGCAUUGAUUGCUCGGUGCAAAUUACAUUGAAAAGUACUCCACGUUCAUCCUUUG